AUGGAAAAGUUACUGCGCCCUGAUCGUUUCGAGACUGAUCCUAAUUCCCCAACAUCAGCAAAAGAAUGGGCUCACUGGAUCACAACAUUCAAUAAUUUCGUCGAAGUAGCAAAAGUAAAGGAGGAGGACAAACUCAAGGUACUCAUUAACUUUUUAGCACACUCAGUAUAUGACAGUGUCAGCGAAUGUACAACGUAUGGAGCAGCUAUCAAAAUAUUGACUGAUAUCUACAUCAAACAAAAAAAUGAGAUCUUUGCUCGGCACUUGUUAGCCACAAGAAAACAGCAAAUGAAUGAAUCAAUUGAUCAAUACCUUGGAUUUUUAAAAAUCUUAUCUAAGGAAUGUGCUUUUAAAUCCGUUUCGGCCAUCGAAUACAGAGAUGAAUAUAUUCGAGAUUCUUUUAUCAAUGGUCUUUUGUCUAAUAAUAUUCGACAACGCUUAUUGAAGAACAACACAUUGAAAUUAGAGGAAGCUGUAACUCGGUCUCGGGCAUUGGAAAUGGCUCAAAAGCAAUCUGAAGUGUAUAGCAUGCCUCUGACUCAAGGAUCUGUGAACGCUCUAACCGAAGAUACUACUUCAAUGAUCAAACCUGAUAAUAAUCAACCAACAGUAUCGGCGAUACAACAAAAAUGUUAUUUUUGUGGCUAUGACAGACAUCCUCGCAGCUCUUGCCCAGCCAGAGAUGCUGUAUGUAAAAAAUGUGACAAGAAGGGACACUUUUUGAAGGUAUGUAGAUCAAAAACAAAAUCCGAUAGCGCAUUUGUGUCCAUGGCUACUCUAGCUUGUGUAACUGCAACUGUACCAGGUCUCUUGUCUAAAGCUAUUAUUAGAGUAAAAGUAAACAAUAUUAACGCAAAUACUCUUAUUGAUACUGGUAGCUCUAAUAGUUUUAUUAAUGAAGAAUUUGUCCAAAUUCACAAAAUAAAAUCAUAUCCAGAAAACGGACAGGUACUUUUGGCGACAACUGCCUAUUCAUCAAACCUAAAAGGUUAUGUUCUUGUUGAUUUACUGCUACAAGAACACACUUACAAAAAUCUCAAACUAUCUAUACUCCCUAAAUUAUGCUCAGAUAUUUUAAUAGGUCAUGAUGUACUAAGAACUCACUCUAGUAUCGACCUUACAUUUGGGGGACCAAAACCACCAUUAUCAAUUUGUAACAUGACUUUUGUAAAUAUAAAGCCACCUCGACUCUUCAAUAAUGUUGUUAAAGACUGUAAGCCAGUAGCAGUUAAGUCACGUCGCUAUUCAGAUGAAGAUGCUAAAUUUAUAAGGGAGGAGGUCACUAAAUUAUUGUACGAUAAUAUAAUUGAAGAAAGUACUUCGCCCUGGCGAACUCAGUUUUAA